UUUAAAUUUCUCAUGAUAAAUACGGCUUCCGGUUACAGCUCUUCGCCAAAGUCGUGUCGAAGAUGUCGAUACCAAGAAAUCUACGAUUUUUACAGAGGAAAGUUUUCUUGACUCAAUGGGGCCAGAAUGCAGCAUUUUCAUCAAAAGCAUUACCCAUGAACACAGUAAUAUUAUUUGUACCUCAACAAGAAGCGUGGGUGGUAGAACGGUUUGGAAAAUUUAACAGAAUCUUAGAUCCUGGACUUAACUUCAUUUUCCCUAUUGUUGAUAAAGUCAAAUAUGUCCAGUCUUUGAAGGAAGUGGCAUCAGAGGUACCGGAACAAGCCGCCGUCACAUCAGAUAAUGUUACGUUAGGAUUAGAUGGUGUUCUUUACACAAAAGUAUUUGAUCCCUAUAAGUGUAGUUAUAAUGUAGAAAAUGCUGAAUUUGCCAUCAAAAAACUAGCCCAAACAACUAUGAGAUCAGAAAUAGGAAAAAUCACACUCGACACAGUAUUCAGGGAAAGAGAAACAUUGAAUGUGAACAUUGUUGAUGCCAUCAACAAAGCAUCAGAACCGUGGGGGAUCUCAUGUUUACGUUAUGAAAUAAGGGACAUGACUCUGCCGCUCAGAAUCAAUGAAGCCAUGCAGAUGCAAGUGGAAGCUGAGAGGAAAAAGAGAGCUAGUAUUUUAGAAUCUGAAGGUAUACGAGAGGCAGACAUUAAUGUAGCAGAAGGAAAAAAGAGGGCAAAGAUUCUAAAUUCAGAGGCUUUUCAGACUGAACAAAUAAACAUUGCCAAUGGUGAAGCAAGGGCAAUUCAACUAAUGGCUGAGGCUAAGGCCAAGGCCGUCACACAGGUGGCAGAAGCCAUAGGUCAGCAGAAUGGAAUGAAUGCUGUUGGCUACAGUAUAGCUGAACAAUAUGUUGAUGCGUUUGGAAAACUUGCAAAAACAAACAACACCAUGAUUCUUCCUGCCAACACUGGGGAUGUGGGAGGAAUGGUGGCUCAGGCAAUGACCGUUUACAAAAAUCUUUCAAAUUUGGACCAAAUCAAGAGUGAAACUGCAAGGAGCACGAAGAAACAUACCCAAAACAUAACAUUCGACCCAGAAUCGUGAUAUAAUCUGUGAUGUGCUAUGAUAGUAGUGCAAGAGGGGAAAAAAUGAAGUUUGAGGCAUCAUGUUUUGUACUAUAUUUGAUCAUGUUGUAUCAAUGCAGAAAUAAAUUUUAUUGUAAG